UACAUUGUAUUAUAGGCCAUUUAUUGAGAAAGGCGUAGAAUUAAAUUUUUAGUGUCAAAAAUUUGUUAUUUUGCCUUUAAAGAGAAAUUAUUUUAAUUAAUUAUGUCCAAAGUAACUGUUCAAGAUAUAGAAGCUGUGGAUGAUUAUUGGGGUCCCACCUUUCGUUCGAUUUUAGAAGGAGAAAAUACCGAUGCAAUUUCCGAACAGCUUGAAAUGCGUGUACGCAGCCAUGAUAAAGAAAUCGAACGUAUUUGUAACCUUUCCUAUCAGGGAUUCAUCGAUUCUAUACAAGAAUUAUUGCAAGUACGUACUCAAGCCCAACAAUUGGCACAGGAGGUACAAACAAUGGAUAAAUCGUUACAGUUAGUUAGUGCUGCGCUAAUACAGCAAGGCAAUGACUUGGUUAAAGCCAGACAAAUAGAAUCCAAUUUAGCUUCAGCUAUAGAAGCCUUGAAGGAAUGUUUACCCGCUUUGGAAUGCUAUAUAAAAUUCUGUCAGCAGGCUUCUAAUAAACAAUAUUAUCAAUCACUACGUACUUUAGAAAUACUGGAAACGCAACAUUUACCCAAAUUACGUAGUUAUCGUUUUGUAACGCAAAUGCGUCUAGCGAUACCCGUAAUAAAGGAAAAUAUACGACGAUCCGCUGAAGCUGAUUUUCGUGAAUUUUUGGAAAAUAUACGUCGAUUCUCGCCACGCAUAGGCAAAGAAGCAAUUGAUCAUACGAAGAAAUUACAGAAACGUGAUAUUAAUACUAUCAUAGAGGAUCAUAAGAAAGCUUUAAAGAAUCGAUCAUCUGCUGGGGAUGAGAAUAAUCUAAGUGCCCAAGAUUUAAUAGAUUUCUCGCCCAUAUACCGUUGCCUACAUAUAUAUAGCGUCUUGGGUCAGCGUGAAUACUUCGAGAAAGACUAUCGCCAACAACGACGCGAUCAAGCUAAAUUAGUAUUGCAGCCACCUCCUGGCAUGCAUGACAAUUUGGAAGCUUACAAAUUAUAUAUAUGCGCCAUAGUUGGAUUCUUCGUGGUUGAGGAUCAUGUGAAAAAUACAGCAGGUGAUGUGGUUACUUCUUCCUACUUAGAGGAACUAUGGUCGUCUUCUUUGUCAAAAUUUGUUAACGAGAUCAGCAUGAGCUCAUCUUCCUGUACCGAUCCGAACAUAUUGUUGCGUAUAAAAAAUUUGAUUAUGUUAUCAAUCAACACUUUCAAAUGUUAUGGUUAUACGGUAAACGUUUUAUGGGAAUUAUUGCAUAAUAUGCGCGAUCAUUAUAAUGAAGUUCUCCUACAACGUUGGGUUCACGUAUUUCGUGAUAUACUCGACAAGGAACAAUUUUUACCAAUGCUUGUAGAAAAUCAAGAAGAAUACGAAGCAAUUAUAGAACGUUUUCCUUUCCAUUCCGAGCAGUUGGAGAGCACCGCCUUUCCUAAAAAGUUUCCUUUUUCACGUAUGGUUCCUGAAGUUUAUCAUCAGGCUAAAGAAUUUAUGUAUGCCUGCAUGAAAUUCGCCGAAGAUUUAACGCUAUCGUCCAAUGAAGUGGCCGCCAUGGUGCGUAAAGCCGCCAAUCUCUUAUUAACUCGUAGUUUUAGCGGUUGUUUGUCGGUAGUAUUUCGCAAUCCUAGUGUUGCUCUACCGCAGCUAAUCCAAAUCAUUGUAGACACUCAAUACUUAGAGAAAGCCAGUCCGUUUCUGGAUGAGUUUGUUGGUCACAUGACUAACACGUGUAACACGGUAAGCGGCGUUACACAGACAACUUCGGCCAUGUUUCACGUCGCUCGUCAAGAUGCAGAGAAACAGGUUAGUGUACGUAUAUGCUCGAAAAUCGAUGAAUUCUUUGAACUCUCCGAAUACGAUUGGUUAUUAGUUGAACCUCCUGGUAAAGCAUCUGUCUUUAUAACCGAUAUGAUCUCAUAUUUGAGUAGUACAUUGGAAAGUUUUGCUUCCAAAUUACCGACAAUAGCUCAGGCUGCUUGUCGCCGCACGUGUGAACACAUGGCUGAAAAAAUCUAUGCAAUACUUUUCGAUGACGAAGUCAAGCAAAUCUCCAACGGAGCUUUACAACAAAUUAAUUUAGAUUUGAUGCAAUGUGAAUGUUUUGCCGAAUCAGAACCGGUGCCUGGUAUAAAAGAGGGCGAACUCUCGAAAUAUUUCCUAAAAUGCAGGCAACUUUUAGAUUUGUUAACAAUGGAAGAGUGGGCAACAUAUUUGCAUGAUUACGGUAAUAAAGAGAACCGCUAUCAUUUAGUUCAUCCCCAAUCGAUUAUUAUUAUAUUGGAAAAGAUACGUGAAGCCGAUAAAAAGACAAUGUUUUCCGUUUUGCGUAAGAACGAUAAAAAGAAGCUUUUGGAAACUGUAUUAAAGCAACUUAAACACUUAGCCGAAAGGCAAAGUUAAAAAAUGCAAAUAUAAAAAACCAGAAAUCAGGAAGCAUUGGUAUUCUUUUUUAUAUUCACUCUCCGGAAGAUGACGAUAUACUAUACUCCUAUUUCCGGAAAAUCAUUAGCAUCAGAGACCCCGUAAGGCAUAUAUAUCUAUGUAUUCUUGAUUUGCAUAAGAUUUCGAAUCGAUAAAUCUAUUCGCAUGUUGUUGGAGGGUUCACGUCUGCAAAUAUUAACAAAGUUGUUCUGUGAUCAAUAACUAAAGAUUUUACCGAUCUAGUAUUAACCUUUUUGUCACGUUUUUAAGUCCGUAAGGCCUCCCUCUUCAGACAGCCCGUUAAAUACUGAAGCUAUUUUGAAGCUAUUGAGAAUCUUAGACUGGUGAAGUGUUCGGUUCACUGUACUUGCCACUCUUAGAUGUUGGCUACUAAAAUACUUAAUUUCUAUAGGACAUUAUUCUUUUGAUAAUGCAUUUGAAUUUUUUUAUGAUUAUUUAAUAAUGGAAGCAAUUUUGUUACAAACAUUUAUAUAUUUAGCUUUAUUCAUAUAUUUGUUUAUAUACAAAGUAGAUUUUUUUCCUUUUCCUCUUUUGUUCUAAAUAUCUGUUUUGAAUAUAGUUAUGUCCGUUAGAUAGAUAUAUGUAUGUAGGUAUGUAUGUUAUGUAUGUAUAUGGAGCGCAUAUAAGUUACUCUAUAUUCAUUAAAUUCUAUUUUUUAUACUAUAUUUGUGUUUUGGUUUUGUCAUAUAUCUUCCUUCAAUA